AAACCCUGAAUCAGCUGAUCAUGAAUUGAAUUGUCCAGUCUAGCUGCAGCUGCCGGUCAACUAGUAUAGCUGGAGAAGCUAGGGUCUGCAUGAUCAUCGCUAGUCCAGGAGUAGAAUGACUGCUGGGGAUACUAAAACGAUGAACAAAGAUGAGCAAAUCAGCUGCUCUCCCUGUUGUGCAAGGAAUAAUCCGCAAGGCCAAGAUGUCUCUCCUAUCCUACCAAUCAAACCAAUCUACAACGAGAAGUUGAUCAAACCGGUUCCAGGAAAGAUACCUGCCUCAAGGACCGGUUUCUUAUGCAGCUUUCUGGUUGAUGCCCGUGGUGGUGCUAUGACCGGACAUAGGCAUUGGGGGAUGCGUUUAGUAAUACCCCCCGGAGCUGUAAGUCAACCAACAAGAAUUAAUUGCAGAUAUCAAAACCUCCAAUCCUUGUCAUAUCCUCCUCCUUUCAUGGAAAGGGAAGCUCUUGCCUCCAGAAUUAUUGAAAUAUCUCCAGCUCUUCAGACCUUCAGGUCUCCAGUCCUACUGGAGAUACCACACUUUGCCUCCAAUGCUGGAGGGGAACGAGAGACAGUGAUUCUUCGCUCCGAUGAUGGAGAAAUAUGGAGUCAACACAUCUCAGAUAUUGUUGAGGACGGAGAAAUAUAUCAGGUAUGA